UUGGCUAUUUGCACAUUAUCAUAAUUAGCUAUUGUCACGUCGAUACAGCAAUCCCGGAUAUUGAAACCAUUAUCAAUUUUCUAAAUCACGAAACAGCACGCGAGCUCAUCAAUUUUAGGAUUGGGUACUUCCAAUAUAAAAAAAGUAGUUAAGAAAGUAUUUCGAAAAUCAUUGAUUAGCUAAUCUAGAAUUCUUCAAAAUAGAAUUUGAAAAAUCAAAGACGCAUAUUAAAACGACUCAAUCAAAUAAAUACUUUUUACAACAAAAUGUCGUUACAGUUGAAAGUGCAAGAAGAGACAGAGAAAAAUAAUGGGGAAACCGGAGAGUUUCGUUACUUCCUUCCCAACAAUGCUGGAUCAAUUUUAUUGAAGAUGAUCCCGAAGACUCCGCCCUCAUCGGCUCAAACGUCACCUGUCAUCAAGAAACCCUCACCUCCCAUUGUUUCCUCGAAAUCCCAGGCUCGUAAUUUCAUCGACGUGAAUUCCUCAUUACAAAUAGAGAUUAUUUACGAUUGGAACGUUAAGAAAACCUCCAGAAAGUCAAGACGAGUGGAAAAUGAACUUCAGGUCGAAAGAAUGAAAGAUAAUCAAUCUGCAAAGCAGUCUGUUGAGCUUUCUGCUGGUAAUUCAACAAAUAAUCCCUCAAGUUCAGUUCCAUCAGCCAAGAAUGCAAAACCUCCUAGAAAUUCGUCCAGAAGGAAUCAAGAGAUUUCGGAGAAGAGACAUCAUGGUAUCCAGUGCUAUAAAUGUCACGGCUUUGGACAUAGAUACCUAAACUGUACGAGCACAACAGAAAGACUAUUCUGCGUCAUUUGUGGCACGUGGGGAGCAGAAUUAGCCAAUUGUCCCAGACAGGAUCAAAGACACACUGAUGCGAGAUGCAGGGAAGCAGCUGUGAAGUCAAGAAUGAGACGUCGCGCUAGACGGCGUGGUAGCAUCAAUUCUGUUGACCAGAAUCAAAAGCAUUUGGAGGCAAGCCGAAGAACAAUAUUGCUCCAACCAUCUGCACUUACAAUUGCAGAGGUGGUUGGCAGAGUUGCGAAAUUACAUGCCAAGUCUCAAACAUCUACAUCAUUUUGCUGCCUGUCUGCUCUGGAUAAAAGAAGCUCAUUGAAUCAAACUGCUUUACAAACAAGUGCUGCUACACUGCCUGUCUGCUACCCUGAACCAGCCUGGAGGCUAUCAAAAGUUAAUGAAUCACUCUGCCAAACGAUUCCUACAUCCUCAGGCUACACUUCCUACCAAUCACCAGGACUGUCUGUCCCUUAUCAUUUAGUUUCCGUAGCCCCUUCAGUAAUCACUUCUUCACUGCCCAAUCCUCAUCCCCAUUUUUCCUCAGGACCCUACGGGAAUGCCACAUGGGACAGGCAAUCCAAUAUUUUGCUCUCCCCAAGCCCUGUGUUCUCACCUCUCGCAAAUGCUGAAGAUGAUGCUGAUGUGGCGGCGAUUGAAGCACAAGAUCGUGAGGAUGAGGAGAAAGCGAGGAUUGCUCGUUGGCAGGAGCGAUUCGAGAGAGAUGACACUUGGGAUAGUGAACUCCAUCUGUGGGAUCUGGGAGAGUUGUGAGGAGAACUUGCAUAUCCUUCACCAAUGCCGACAUCAACUUUUCCCUCGGGAUUGCAGAUGCUGGAGCCUCCGAGAGCUUGAACUAUGUUGCAA